UCUUUAUUAGAUGUCAGUCAGCAGUUUGCUAAUAUUAAAAUUUAUUCUGGUCAAUUCUAGACAAGUCAACUCAAUUGCGCUAGGGAAUCUGUAGCCUGACAACUCGACAAGAUGAAGCUGUUAAGUGUGUCCCUCUUAGCGUGUCUUCUGUUGAGCAUCGGAGAGUCUCAAAUCAUCACUGUAUCGCCCGCUGGCAACCAGACCGUGCCUGCUGGAAGUGAUGUCAACAUUACGUACACCUGCAACGUACCAACUGGGUUUAUCGUAGAGUGGGUGUUCGGCGAGGUGCAACUCAGUCCCGGGUCAUCAAAUGCACAACUCCUCGCCCAAAAUGGAGUCAUACUUGAUCCGCCCACCGAGGGCCGGACGACCAACAUCAUUGUGACGAGGCUUGGCAGAGAAACGUUUGGUAGUAACAUCCAACUGCGUUGCUCGGCUUUGCAACAGUCACCUGUUAGAAUUGUGUUCGGAGACAGCUACUAUGUGCGAACAUUUGAUAUCCCUGGUCCUCCUGAGAACUUUGCGUUCAACCCGAUCCCUACUGACACAACUCGACUUGUCCUGUCUUGGGACCAACCCGGUAACACCAUCAUCGAUGAAGAUGACCCCGUCACUACCACCUACACUGUGACUGUGACUGGACCAACCUUCAACUUCAACGUGACCACUACAGACACGAGUUACGAGUUUACGGAUGAGUUAAACGAGGCGUGUGCAACGCACGAUAUCUUUGUGUCGGCUAGUAACGCUGCUGGUCAGGGAAUAAACGUCACACGGCAAGAAACCAUCCCUAUUACUCCUGACAUCAGAGAUCUGAGCAGUUCACUGAGAGUGUCUAGAAUCAACCUCUCUGGUGGGAGUGUGGCUGUCGACGUCACCUUCAAUCCUGCUACCAUCUGCAAUGCUACUAGCUUCCCUCUCGUCAGUUACAUGGUGAACGUUGCCAUUGGUAACGAGACGGACUCCAUGACAUACCUGGUAACGGACCGCCUUAUAGCCGGCCAGAACCCCAUAACUCUCCCGGUGCCCAGUGGUAUGCUACAGCAGGAUGAAGAAUACCAGGUCACUGUGUCCGCCUGCAUCACUGUCACAUGUCGGACCACCCUCGUUCCUGUGUCAUUCAGGACAACUGACGUACAAUCAGCCAGCAUCACGUUCUUCGACACCAACGUCUUCCUCGAGUGCACCUUUGUCAACAUGAUUGCCGGCCUGGGGUGUGCCUUCAGGCUAACUGUAACUAGUGGUGAUGUGGAGACUAUAUUUGUGCCUGUCAGCGCAGGUAGUGUGUGCUCUAUGACACAGAACAUGCAGAAUGCGUAUACCAGUAUCGAAGCUGUGGAUUGGGAAUCUGACAUGGUUUUUGGAAUGGCGACGACCCGAGUAACGAUUAACUCCGCUGAUGCUGAUAACUACACCAUGGUGACCGGCUGUGUUCCACCAACUCCAGCUGCUAGUCUGUCUGGUGGUGCCAUUGCUGGUAUUACGAUAGGGGUCCUCUUGGUCAUCCUCAUCAUCCUGGCCAUUGUCAUAGUAAUAGCAGUGGUAGUGUACAAACGACAAGCAAGUAAGCAGCCCAAGAUUAAGAGGCACGACGAAGAGAAGGUCUCCGUUGAUUUUGACAAGCAGUGGCUAAUGGCAGAUCACGAGCUACCAAAAAAGAAGAAGGCGAGCUUCAGGAGAGGCAGAUCACUCGUGGACGGAACUGAAGAGGCGUCUAUAGCUUUCACUCCAAGUGAUGCUGCUGGUGGACCACCCUCUCUUUCUCUGGCACAGCCGUCCCUCACCGACUCUACGGCAGCGUUCUCGCUCCACAUUAGCCGUGACAAGAAAAAAGCUCAUCUCCACCUCAACAGGGCCCUCAUUCGCAGGGCUCUCAAGGAGAGGAGGAUGACCACUCUCGAGAAGAAGUCAGCCAGAGCCAGGCCAACUCAAUCCAUACGAGAGUUUCUGCUCCCGCUCCACUCUGAGAUCCGUGUAACAGGAGAGGAGAGUGACGAGGACGUUCAGAUUGACGGUGGGGACGGAGGAGAUGGUGAAAACAUCAUUGCUGAACUCUAGGGACAUCGUUGUACUGAGCUGAACAGUUAAUAUAGGAGGAGACUGUUUUUAUAGCAUCUUUGUGUAUAAAUAGAAUGCUACCUUUAUACUACCUUUAUAGUUUCAUGCAAUAACAGAAAGGCCGUGCUUUCUGUCCUUGUUGCAUUCCCAC